GAUCUAAGAUUCUCAUUUUCAAUAUAGUCGGUAUCGAAUGGCCAACAAAUUUUUCUAUUUUGCCUAUGGCAGUAACUUGCUUGCCAAACGGAUCCACAUCAAUAAUCCAACUGCUGUGCGGCAUGAUAUCGGACAGCUCAAGAACUUCAGAUUAGACUUUGGAACAUACUCCAAACGAUGGCGAGGAGCAUCAGCCACAAUAGUGGCAGAAGAAGGUGCGCAUGUAUGGGGUGCAAUAUGGGAAAUAGACAAUUGUGACAUGGCUAAUUUGGACCACCAGGAGGGGGUAGCAGAUAAAAUUUAUAGUGCCCAGACUGUAGACAUCGAAACACCCAAUGGUACAAGACUCAAGUGCAGAGUCUAUCAGCAAUGUAACAAUCCAAAAGAAAAUCUGAAGGGCGAUCUUCUGCCACAGGAUAGAAGACCUUCGGCAGCUUACAGGAAUACCAUAUUGAAAGGAGCUGUGGAAAGCAAUCUACCUGAAGAAUAUAUCCAAUUUCUAAAAACUUUUCCACAUAAUGGAUACAUUGGAGAACCGGAUAUUGGGCGUUUUAUCCCAACAAUGUCAGAUUGAUAUCUAAUCUGCGUUGCAUAAACUAUAUUCAGAGUACAUUCAUAUAAUGGAUGCUCACUAGAAUACGUCUGUCUCAGGACAUUCAAGAAGCUUUGAAUCACAAAUUCAAUUGAACUAGACUACAGGACCCAAUAUUCUAGAUGUCCCCUUAAGUUUCUCAGAAUUCACACCCUGACACUGAGUCAAAUUUGAUAUCCACGACCCUCCAGACUUUGAGAUAUUUUUGGAAUUUGUCAUCUGCCAUCACUAUCUGCAUCGCCUCUUCAACUGUUGUCUUGUCCAAUACAUAACGGGCCACUUUCAACUCCAAGA